AUGUAUGAAUGCGACUAUUGUGAUUGCAAAUUUUAUUACGAGGAUGAAUUCGAAGAUCACCUUGACGAUUACUGGCACUGGGCUCCAUGCGAGACCUGCGACAAAGUGUUCCGAAGCAUUCGAGCCUCCCACCAGCAUAUGGACGCUCUAAGCCACUGGAAGCCGAGAAUCCCCUGUGACACCUGCGACAAACUCUUCUUCACCCGGGCUGCGGCUAAUCAGCAUAUGUAUGACAUGGACCAUUACUGGAACUACUGCGUGGAUUGCGAUCGUUAUUUUCUCAACGAAAACAAUUUGCGCAUGCAUCGCAACUCGAAGAUUCACCGUGGGACCAACCUGCCCUGCCCCUUCUGCCAGACCACUUUCGUUACCGCGAGCGGGAUGUUCAACCACCUCGAGAGCGGCGCCUGUCCCAAGGCCCCGACGCUCAACCGAGAUACAAUUCUGCGCAUGGUACGGCGGUCUGAACCACAGGGGCUAAUCACGAAAAAGAUGAUCGAAGAUCCCAAGCAGACACAAGUGCAAUACCAGGCCACUUCUCGUGCCUUCAACGGUAUCUACUGGGAGUGCUACAUCUGUCACAAGUUCUUCAACACGAUCCAUUCCCUCAACAAGCAUCUCAACUCGCCCGUACACCAGCAGAAGGUGUACCAUUGUCCCAACAAGAAAACCUGCGGCAAGGAGUUUGUCACUCUCGCCGGGCUCUUCAAUCACCUCGAAAGCGAGUCGUGUGGGAUGAUGCGCUUUGAGGGAGUCCAGAAAGUCCAGGAAGAGCUUAUCGAUGCUGUGAUGAAUCGAAAGGUCAUAACAAGCCUCUGA